UAAAAGGGGUUUUUAUUUUUAACACUAAAACCCUCUCUCCUACCUCCCUCUUUCUUUCUCUCCAGUCUCUAGUCUUUACUAGUGUGUAGCUCAAAAUUGUGAUCCCGUUGUUUCUGGGCCUCCAGUAGUGUGAUCUCUCGUGUUUUUCCGGCGAGAUUUGGCCGGAGAAUGGCUUACAUGUGUACAGACAGCGGGAAUCUAAUGGCGAUUGCUCAGCAAGUCAUCAAGCAAAAGCAGCAGCAAGAGCAACAGCAGCAGCAGCACACCACCCACCACCACCACCAGCAGCUCACUACGGCGUUCUCUCUCUCCUCUGCUCCAUGGCCCACCAGCACUCAUCACGCUCCGAGUUUGGGGUACGCGUUGGGGGGUUCGAGUUUUUCCGACCCGUUUCAGCUGCCCGGGAGCUCCGACACGACGGUCGGGGAGCCCGGGUUUCCGUUCCCGAACAUGGAUCAUCAUCCGACCAGCAGUGGGUUCAGGUUCUCGGAUUUGGGCGGAGCGGCCGAGUUCGACUCGGACGAGUGGAUGGACAGUAUAAUAGGCGGUGGGGAUUCAACGGAUAGUUCGAACCUGCCCUCUGUGUGCGACGCGUGGCAGAACAAUGCCGCGGAUUUCGGUCUCUACGCCUCCGAUCCCUUCGCCCCCUGCCCGAGUCGACUCAGCGCUCCGUGCUCUUCGCCGUCCGAUCUCAACCGAGUCAUAUACACCGACGUUCACAACCAGAAAACAGCCAAUCUCCAACCUCAAUUGCCGCCAGCGUGGACCCCAUCUCCACCUCCGCCUCCGCCGCAGCAGCAGCAGCCUUCCUCAAUUGCCGUUAAAGACGCCAAAUCAGCCAACCCUACUCCUCAAAACAACGACGCCGUCGGAGUGUCCUCCAGGUCGCCGGAGAUCGAAUCGGCGCCGCCGCUACUGAAGGCCCUACUCGACUGCGCCAGAGUCAUCGAGUCCGAACCGGAGCGUGCGAUCAAAUCGCUGGUCCGGCUCAGAGAGUCCGUGUCCGAGCACGGAGAUCCAACCGAGCGAGUCGCUUUCCACUUCACGGACGCUCUGUACAGCCGAGUCUCUCCGCCGCAACCGGAGAAAAGCUCCCCCGCCUCGUACGACGCUAGCUGCGAAGAAGACUUCACUCUCUCUUAUAAGGCCUUGAACGACGCUUGCCCUUACUCCAAGUUUGCUCACUUGACGGCGAACCAGGCCAUCCUCGAAGCGACGGAGAGGGCGACGAAGAUUCACAUAGUCGACUUCGGGAUAGUCCAAGGUGUCCAAUGGGCCGCUCUAUUGCAGGCUUUGGCUACCCGGUCCACCGGAAAGCCCAGAAAAAUUCGGAUCUCCGGUAUACCCGCUCCGUCUCUGGGGAACUCUCCGGCGGCGUCGCUUUUCGCUACUGGAAACAGACUGUGUGAAUUUGCAAAGCUUCUGGAGCUGAAUUUCAAGUUUGAACCGGUGCUGACUCCGAUUCAGGAGCUUAACGAGUCGUGCUUUCGGGUCGACCCGGAUGAGUUCCUGGCGGUGAACUUAAUGCUCCAGUUGCACAACCUCCUCGACGAAUCAACCACCGGAGUUGAAGCGGCUCUGAGACUGGCCAAGUCGCUGAACCCGAAGAUUGUGACCCUGGGCGAGUACGAAGCGAAAUUGAACCGGGUCGGGUUCAUGAGCCGGUUCGAGACCGCAUUGAAGUACUACACAGCAAUGUUUGAGUCACUUGAACCGAACAUGACCCGAGACUCGCCGGAGAGGCUGCAGGUGGAGAGGCUUUUGCUGGGCCGGAGAAUUGCUGGCGGGGUCGGCCCAGAGGAACCGGGAACGAAACGACAGCGUUUGGAGGACAAAGAGCAGUGGAAGUUUUUGAUGGAAAGCUCUGGUUUUGAGCCAGUAACUCUUAGCCAUUACGCAGUUAGCCAGGCCAAGAUUCUUCUCUGGAACUAUAGUAAUGCUUCGUAUUCGCUAAACGAAUCUUCACCGGGGUUUCUCUCUUUGGCGUGGAAGGAAGUCCCUCUCUUUACUGUUUCUUCAUGGCGUUAAUGGCUUCGGUUCGAUUGGUUUUCACCAGGUCUUUUAUCUCUGGUUGUGAGCCUCUCAGUUUCGAUACCCCAUUGACGUAGUAUCUAGCUUGGCGCUUCUUCUUCAUCAGGGCUUUCCUUAGUCAUGAACUUACAGUUAGUAUUCAUUUCAUAAGGUUUGCGCCACAAUUUGGUUGUUAAUUUUGUAGUUUGUUCUUAGUUUUUUGGUUUCCGGUUGGGGCUUUCCUUACAGGUUUGAGAUCGAAUCUGAAAUAUCACUAAUUGUAAAAAUUGAAAUUCGGUGGGGGAAGAUAGAGGUUCUGUCCCCCUUAGGUUUCUGUAAUUCUGUAUGUAAAUUUGAAUCUUCAUAUUGGAUUUAGUUUUCAUCUCA